AUGACCACCAAUUUAACUCCAGUCACUUGUGAAUCCGCUCCAGCUGCUGCUGCCUCAUAUUCCCAUGCUAUGAAGGUAAACAACUUGAUUUUCCUUUCUGGCCAAAUUCCUGUGACCCAAGACAACAAGCUGGUUGAAGGCUCCAUUGCUGAGAAGGCUGAACAAGUGCUUCAAAACGUCAAAAACGUUUUAGAAUCAAGCAAUUCCUCAUUAGACAGAGUUGUCAAGGUUAACAUUUUUUUGGCCGAUAUCAAACACUUUGCUGAAUUCAACUCCGUUUAUGCCAAGUAUUUCCACACUCACAAACCUGCUAGAUCGUGCGUUGCAGUUGCUGCGUUGCCAUUAGGUGUUGACAUGGAAAUGGAAGCCAUUGCUGCUGAAAAAGAUUAG